GCACGUGUUACCCCAUGUUAUUUUGCAGUUAAUUUUAACCUAAAUUGAAUCAGAGUUCAAUUUAUUUAUCCAUAGUUCUCCUUUAUAUCGAUAAAAUGUCUGGUCGAAGUAAAACUAACUUGAAGGAAUGUUCCUAUGAACCUGUUAAGAAAUCAGAUGAAAUUCCUAAAAGAAUAAAAAAUAGCGUAGCAUUUCAUUGGUCCAAAACGAAGCAAAAUCGAUAUAUGUGGGUACUUUACCUCAUUCUGGGAAUACUCCUGGUCAUACUUUUGGGGAUAUAUAUAGUUAUUCCUGUAGCUUUCAAAUAUAGUGGUGAAUUCCAGAGGAUGUUGGUGUUUCAAAACAUGUUUAAUCUACCAAAACACAGCAACUACAGCGAUCUUUCAGCUUUUGGUUUAAAAGGCGCCAGAAAUUUUCGCUUAAAACAUCAUGAUGUUGAUAUUGGUGUUUGGCAUAUUUUGCCAUCAUCCAUGAAUCUGAAUAAUGUUAGUGAUUCAAUAUUCGAGGAAAGCCUUAAGAAAGCACCCCGUAUUUUGCUGUACAACCAUGGGAAUACAGGAAGCAGAGGAACAUCCUACAGGGUGGAAAUGUACAAGUUUUUAAGGAAACAUUUUCAUGUUAUAACAUACGAUUAUAGAGGUUUUGGAGAUUCAACUGGCGAUCCAAGAUCAGAAAGUGAUGUGGUAAAGGACAGCAUCUUCAUGACGCGUUGGGUGCUCAGCAAGCUGUCUUCUAGGGCACAUUUAUUUUUAUGGGGUCAUUCCAUGGGUUCUUCUGUAACAUUGGCGGCUGCUAAAGCGUUGAAAAGGGAAAAUCUGCGACCAACAGGGAUAGUUCUAGAAGCGUCUUUUUAUACUGGUAGAGAAGCUAUUGCCUCUACUCCUUCAUGUAAGUUUUUCAGGUUUCUCCCUUGGUUCAGCACGUGCAUAAUAGAUCCACUGAUGGAAAAUGAUUUUCGUUUUCCAAGCUACGAAUAUAUUUUAGAGACAGAUUGCCCAGUACUGAUAGUCCAUUCAAAGGAUGAUGGAACUAUUUCCUAUAAACACGCAGAAAAGCUGUAUAAAGAAACCCUGAAAAAUAGGACUGAAGCACAAGGAUCAGUGGAAUUUGUAACAUUCAGCGAAAAAUUGAAUUGUGGCCACAAUCACCUCUAUAGAGCACAAAAUCUAUCAGAUGUUAUUGAGUGAGUAUUUUUCAAUUUUAAAAUCUUGAUCAAACAAAUCUCCUUUGCAGGAAAUUUGUGAGAAAAGCCAUCGAAGAGAGUGAAGAGCUAAAUUUGAACGAGUUGUGAUUAUUUUUAUUUUUAAAAACUACCAUUGAAUAAUGUGUUAACAAGACUAAAAGCUCAAUGUGUAAUUCUUGCAAUAAAAGUUUUUGAACCGUUCA